AAGUUUAUCCAAUCGCAGAAAAGCGUUUACCUAGAAACAGCUGAGAUUUUUUAUAUAGCGCUACAGUCUACCAAAUGGAUUUUGUAAGAAGCUGUUUACAUUGGGACUGAUUAUCAGUCUAAAGAAAAUUCUAAUAUAAAUAUUAUACAAUACAUAUCCAUCAAAGUACUUAAUUAAACAAUUUUAUAUCACUUUUAUAUUUUCUACUAGGAUGAAUACUUUUGCAUAAUGAUACUAGUGAAGUGAUAACAGUUUUUUUUAAUUUUAUGACUUUUACUAAAUCAAACUUUUCUAUCAAUAUUUAAAUAAUUAUUAUUAUUGAUAUAUAAAAAAUGAGUGGUCCAAUAAAUAUGAAUUGGUUGAAUUCAGUAGAAGGAGAAUCAUUGCUGCCUUAUUUUUAUGAUCAUAAUUUAAAAAAACGAAGACACUAUGGUAUUUUAGAGCGACCAGCAGUUCCAUCUUUCAUUGAAGAAGUAACUUAUAAAAUUUUUGUUAUUGGAAGACCUGGUGUUGGAAAGUCAUCUGUUAUUGCUCGUUUUUCUGGAACCAAUGGAGAAAAUUAUACGAAUUCUGAACUCAAUGGGAUCAGAAAAACAAUGAUCUACUGGCCUGUAAAAAUUUGGGAUAAAGUAGUUUUAUUUAAACUCAAUUUUUGGGAUACUUCGGAAAAUAGUAUCAAAAAAUACAGUCAUAUCUUACCUGCGUGCAAAGACAAAGUGGAUGCAAUUUGUGCAGUAUUUUCAUUUGAAGAUCAUUCUAGUUUUUCUGAUAUUCCUCAUCUGAUAAAUUCAAUGAUUAACAUGAAAGAAAGGCCUGCAAAUAUUGUAAUUGGUACGAAAUAUAAACCUUGGUCAUCAUUACCAGUGUCCGAAUCCCAGGUUAAAGAAUUUGAAAGAAAAUGGAAUAUGAAAGUCAUAAAGAUGGAUGUAAAUAAAACUUCUGCAAGACCAGAAAUAUUUGAUUGUUCGUAUCAACUAAAUUCCAUCUGUAGAAUGUUAUGGAAUAGAGAUCAAGAUUUUAUAACGACACAAAUUAUUCAAGUAUAACUAUAAAAACCAAUUAUUUAACAAUUUAUCGUUAUAAGAAAAUAUAUUUUAUAUUUUUACAAAUUUAUCAAACUUUUAUAUACAAU